AUGUUUGCAGCCAAACUCGACGGCGUCAAGACCUAUAUGCGCAUGCGUCGCGUGCCCAACCACCUGCAGGUCAAGGUCAUCAAGUGGUUCGACUACCUGUGGCUCACGCAAAAGUGCUCGGACGAGGAGAGGGCCGUCUCGUGUCUGCCCGACAAGCUCAAGGCCGAGAUAGCGAUCAACGUGCAUCUCGACACGCUGAAGAGGGUCGAGAUCUUCCAAAACACCGAGGCGGGGUUCUUGUGCGAGCUCGUGCUCAGGCUGAGGCCGGUCCUGUUCUCCCCAGGCGACUACAUUUGCCGGAAAGGCGAAGUUGGCAAGGAAAUGUACAUAGUGAACAGGGGCCGGCUGCAGGUGGUGGCCGACAACGGCAGGACCGUACUGGCCACCCUGAAAGCGGGCAGCUAUUUCGGAGAAAUUUCGAUUUUGAACAUGGGCACGGCAGGGAAUCGCCGUACAGCCAGCGUGAGAUCGGUGGGGUACAGCGAUCUGUUCGUGCUGAGCAAGAAGGACAUGUGGGACGUGUUGAAGGAGUACCCGGCCGCCAGGGUGCGCCUCGAGGCGAUAGCCGUCAAGCGGCUCGAAAAGUACAAGAGGGCGCCGCUGGAGAAAGCCGCAAUGGGACGUAGCCAGUCCACCCCGGGAUUGGUGGAGUCUCGUGGGAAGGUCACUCUGGAGGAUAUGUGGGUGCCACCUUCGUUACUGGGCCUCACUCCCGCCUACCCUAGGUCACUCAUAGGUUCACCGCCUUCUACGAGACAACAGACACCAGACAGUCCAGUCUCUACGAGUAGCGGAAGAAGCGGAAGAAGUGGAAGAAGUGGAAGAAGUGGAAACCAGCAUGGAACAACAGGAUCGCACCAGAGAUCAGGAACGAUGCAAUGCGACAGUAUGACACAGUUGAUGUCGGGCGUGACUACACCUCUAUUGGGUUCCCAUGAAGUGUUGGAAAGCGAGAUAAAGCGCCUGCGCGAGCGUCUACAAACUGUGGAAUCGGAAAACGCCGCUAUGAGCGUCAAACUGAGCCAGCAACAAUGGGAGAUGGAGAACAGACUAGCCGAAAUCGAGAUGCGCAUAUGCGGCUCAAGAACGUCGAGUAGCCUGGGUGACGAAGACAACGAUGAGCGCAACAGGGAGAGCAUCAUUUAA